UUAUUAGCAAAUUUAUCAUUCUCUUUUCCGGCAGUCACGAAGUAGGAAGCAUUCUUGUCGUUCGCGUCGAAAAUCGGUGAAUUAGUGACGAAAAUCGUGCAAAUUUCCCCGGAUUAUCGUUCCAGCCCGGGUGCAAUCGGAUCGCGCGUGUGGAAUGAACGUUUUACAUCCCGAGCCAGCGUCAAAUUCGCUAGAUAGCUGAGAUGAUUAAAAAAUGAAUGAAGGUGAUUCAGCGGGAGGGCAAAGAGGUCGAAACCUAGCCCUUCCUGCUGGGACAGACCGCAUAAUAUCAAGCAUCAGUAGUGCAGGCCAUUUGCCCGUAGGGCCUGUGGUUGCCGCAUCACCAAUGUCCCGUUCGCCUGCCGACGAAAAACAGCAUAACUUUCAGCAGAUCCAACAGCAAAUGCAGAGCACUUCUUCUCCAGCGGCAGGACAUUUGAGCAAACCACUUCAUCAUCAUCAACAGCAACAACAGCAGCAGCAGCAAUUUCCAAACAAUACCAUCAGUUUGAUCCCGGCUGGCACAGUCGUCGUCGGAGCAGCUGGUGGGGCUGUGACCUACAAACAGCAACAAUUCGUAGUGACAUCAACAAACAGUGCGAAUAAUAACAUUUUACUUGGUGGUGUGAGCAAUAUAGGCAAUGAAUCAAAUAAUACUGUCGUUAUCGGUGCACAACAACCAUUGGUCGGUAGUGGAGUGAGAACGCAGCAAAUUAUCGGUAGUGGAAAUAACAAUAAUUCAAGUGCAAGUGGAAUAAUAAUUGCCAAUCAAAUCGCAAACUCUUCUAACAGUGGGAAUACGUCGUACAUUCAUCAGGCAUCGGGUGUUUUAGUGACAGGUGUAGCAAGUGCGGGCCUAACAGUAGGCGGCCCCAUCGGGUCCUCGGUUCCCGUUUCGCCUACGGCCCGGAAGCGUCUAAAGCUAGAACAAAGUCCUGUUGUCGUUACCGCUGAAGUGGAACAUGACAUUUCCGCUCUCAAGAAAUUGAUUCUGGAGCACAAGUAUAUGAGAUUAAAGAGCAUUAAGGAAAAGUACUCUGAACAUGUAGCGGAACUGUUUUUUCUUCAGUCCGGUGGUACUAUGAUGGAUUAUCCUGCAUGGAAAAAGAAGCCACAUACGCCAGCGUUUUUGAACUUUAUGAGAACGUACAAGCUAGAACCGUUAUCAUCCAAUCUGGAAGAAGCAGGAGAAAUACUUAAACAGCAAUCAUCAAAUCGAUCGCUGUCAGCAGCAGCAAGCAGCUCAUCAACUUUACCGCAAGGAGCAGAAAUUAAAAUUCCCGGCGUAGGAGCGACCCCCGUAGCCGUGUCGACGCAACUACCGGCCGCAGUGGCUCAACUGAGUCAGCAGGGUCACAUACCCGGAAGGCCUCAGGGAGGUCGCCACGGGAUGGUCUUUGGUCAGAUUAGCGUACCACCUGUGGUAGGAAACCCCUCUGUACCUCUGGUGCCAGGCGGCACCCCCAUCAUUCCGGAUCCAAUCGGAAUCGGAGCGACGCCGACCAUCGAGAAGCGGAAGCAAGUUCCAACGGUCCCUAUCCCAUCGACGGGUUCAUCGACUCUGGGAAUUUCUGCAUACGCUUCUGCAUCGACCAGUGGAACGGUGCAAGUAGCAAGCGGUGGAUCGACAACCGGGAGUGGAAACAGUGGGAACUCUAAUGCACAGCAUAAUGGAACUUCCUCGAAUGCCACAACCGGAGGCAACGGUCAGGAACAGUACACUAACAAAGCCAAGCAAGAGGUGUACGUAAUGCAGCGAAUACAGGAGCUUCAAAAAGAGGGGCUAUGGAGCGAAAGGCGGCUUCCAAAACUCCAGGAACCCCAGCGGCCCAAAGCCCAUUGGGAUUACCUGUUGGAGGAAAUGGUUUGGCUGGCGGCCGACUUCGCUCAGGAGAGGAAAUGGAAAAAGGCUGCGGCAAAGAAAUGCGCUCGCAUGGUUCAGAAGCAUUUCCUCGACAAAGCCAUGGCAGCUCAACGAGCCGAGAAAGCCCAAGAGCAACAGCUAAAACGGAUAGCCGCUUUUGUUGCGAAGGAGAUUAAAAUCUUCUGGGGCAAUGUGGAGAAACUGGUCGAAUACAAACAGCAAACUAAACUGGAUGAAAAGCGAAAGAAGGCUCUCGAUCAGCAACUCAGUUUCAUUGUAGAUCAGACUGAAAAAUACUCCCAACAGCUAGUGGAAGGCAUGAACAAACCCAAAGCAGUUCAAGAUGCGAACACCAGUAAGGCCAACAGCUUGAACUCAAGUCGUGUACCUUCGCCUCAGCCGAAACACGCGUCCGAUGAUGAAUUUCGUCCGGAUAGUGAGAUCUCGGAUGACGACGAGGAAACGAUUGCUAAGGCGGAAGCGGAAGCAACCGGAACGAACGAAGAAGUGGCAGCACUGCAAAAAGAAUCGGAAAUGGAUCUCGAUGACUUUCUAAAGAACUUGCCAAAGGAUUAUUUGGAAAACCGGGAUAAAAUUGUAUUGUCUGAGCCGGAUGAUAGUGAAAAAGAAGGCGAGGAGAAUGACAAAGAUUUUUCCGCUGCUGAGAACAGCACUGAUGAUGAGGACACCAUUAUGGAGCAAGAGAAAAAGGAAAAGAAUCAGGAUCACAAGAAAGAAAUUGAUGAACUGAAUGCGGAAAACGAAAUGAGCAUAGAGGAGUUAAUGGCAAAGUACAAUCGGCCACCGCCGCCAGGACGGGCAGCUGAAAAAAUGGAUGUUGAUUCGGACGAUGAGAAAAGUGACUCAGAAGCGGAAUCGGAUUCAUCCGAGGAAGAAGAUGAUGAGGUCCCAUCGUCCGAUGAAGAUAUGAACGGCGAAGAUGAUGAUAAAGAUGAAGAGGACGUUGGUCUGAAGAACUUGUUAGACGAUGAAAUGGCCGGUAAAAGUCAAAGUGAAAAGGAUGAAAUUCUGAAUGAUGCUGCAGCAAUCGCCGAAAGUAUUCAGCCAAAAGGAAAUACCCUCUCUUCCACCAGUGUCGUAACGCCAAUUCCUUUCCUGCUGAAGCACACUCUUCGAGAGUAUCAGCACAUCGGUUUGGACUGGUUGGUGACGAUGCAUGAUCGUAAGCUCAAUGGAAUUUUGGCAGAUGAAAUGGGUCUAGGUAAAACCAUUCAGACCAUUUCGCUGUUGGCCCACUUGGCAUGCGUUAAAGGAAAUUGGGGACCUCACUUAAUCAUCGUGCCCUCUUCAGUUAUGCUGAACUGGGAAAUGGAAUUCAAAAAAUGGUGCCCAGGGUUCAAAAUACUGACCUAUUACGGCUCCCAGAAGGAACGCAAGCUGAAAAGAACGGGCUGGACCAAAGUGAAUGCGUUUCACGUGUGCAUAACAUCGUACAAACUGGUAAUUCAGGACCAUCAGAGUUUCAGACGGAAAAAGUGGAAAUAUCUCAUCCUGGACGAGGCACAAAACAUCAAAAAUUUCAAAUCACAACGGUGGCAGCUGCUGUUAAACUUUCAAACGGAACAACGGCUGCUUCUGACAGGAACACCUCUCCAGAACAAUCUGAUGGAGCUCUGGUCGCUGAUGCACUUCCUGAUGCCGCAUGUGUUCCAAUCCCAUCGGGAGUUCAAGGAAUGGUUCUCGAAUCCGAUGACGGGGAUGAUUGAAGGCAACUCGGAGUACAACGAAAACAUAAUCAAACGCCUUCAUAAGGUUUUACGCCCAUUCUUGCUGCGCCGGUUGAAAUCGGAAGUGGAAAAACAAAUGCCAAAGAAAUACGAACACGUUGUUAUGUGCAGGUUGUCCAAGAGGCAGCGGUUUCUGUACGACGACUUUAUGAGUCGAGCAAAAACAAGAGAAACGCUUGCUUCGGGCAAUUUGUUGAGCGUAAUCAAUGUGCUGAUGCAGCUCCGAAAAGUAUGCAAUCACCCCAACAUGUUCGAGGAACGUCCCACGAUUUCGCCAUUCCGAAUGGAAGGAAUCAACUUCCGGACAGCUUCCCUGGUGUACAACAUGUUGAAUUACGAUCCCUUCACGCAAAUUGAUUUGUCUUCCCUAAACCUCGUGUUGGUGAAGUUGGAAUUGGUAUUGUCCGCAUAUGUGGCGUACCGUUCGCAACGGUUAUGCAUGCCGAAGCGAUUGAUUGAGGAGAUAGAUUCCACUCCUGAGCUCCCACCACGAUGUCCAACAGGCAAACUACGGUUGCACGUGCGGGUGCCAAACUUGCGUGUUCAGGAAACGAUCAGCAACAGUACUGGAGUCCGAGUUGGAACCAGUCCAGCCAUGAAGACUGAAGGAACGCGCUAUGUUCCGCUUGUAAAUUCUUCGCUAGUAGAUAGGAAACCAUUGAUCGAAGAGAUCAGUUCGCAACCAGCCACAACCGCAGGAGCGAUUCCUCUCGACGAUCCUCAAUCGUCGAAUGUAAAUCUACGUAAACGAUGUGAUAUGAUUAGUGGUAUCAGCAGUAGUGUUAGUAAUAUAAGUACUCCUAGUAAUAGAUUCAGUGCUGGGCACGUAGCGCAAAUUGUGCAAACUUCCGCUGGAAGGCAGUUAAUUUUAACGCCAAGCAGUAGCACCUCAUCUACGCUUAUGACACCGAGUGGACAACGUCUAACAGUGGUCAAUAGAAUAAGUACUCCCCCAUCUACAGCGAAUGUUCCCAGUAGCAUAACUCAACCUCCGGCAACAAAUGCCCAAAACGUUCCUUCAACUGCUGCGAGCCCUAUUUCAUCGUCACUUGCUACUUCGAUAGUUCAACAGCUAAAGCAUCAUUCCUAUUCAUGUGCUGCCACUAAUUUGACCCCUGAAGAGCUGGAACAGAAAAUCCGUACCGAGUUCUACUUGGCUAGCGUAGAAGAGUCACGAAAAGAACGAAGAAGCCAGAUCCUGGAGCUUCUGGGACGAAUGAACCUAAAACGAUGCGAUACCUGUCCAAUAUAUGGCAGUGAUCUGCGUGAAUCUGUUGAGAAGGUAUUCAGUGAAGGUUUCUGUGACGUUGACGAGGUUCCAAUGAUCUCGGUCGGACCCCACUACUGCCAACAGGCGUGGCAAAAUGCCAAUUGGAGUCUAGGCAAGGCCAUCAAAUCCAUCGAGCAGCGAACGGAAGAAUUCCGAUCGGUGCUGAAUAAUUUUGUCAUUUAUGUACCUGCUGUAUGUGCUCCGGCACCUAGUAUUCAUGUAUCACAUCCCCAUCCUUCUCGAAUGAACGAGGAACAGGACACAGAUGAGGCAAUCCGGGACGGGCUGAGACCAGCUUUAAGGAUAGUGCACCCGAUUGUAUCGGCGAUGAGUACCCAGUUCCCGGAUCCACGUCUCAUUCAGUACGACUGUGGAAAGUUACAAACGUUGGACCGACUUUUGAAACAGCUCAAGUCCGGUGCCCAUAGGGUGUUGAUAUUCACACAAAUGACCCGCAUGCUGGAUGUGCUGGAAGCAUUCCUCAACUACCAUGGUCACAUCUACUUACGGCUGGAUGGAACUACCAAAGUUGAGCAGCGACAACUGCUGAUGGAGCGGUUUAACGGAGACAAGCGAGUGUUCGUUUUCAUUCUGUCCACGCGAUCCGGUGGCGUUGGCAUCAAUCUUACUGGUGCGGACACUGUGAUAUUCUAUGAUUCCGACUGGAAUCCGACCAUGGAUGCCCAGGCACAGGAUCGAUGCCAUCGGAUAGGCCAGACCAGAGACGUCCACAUAUACAGGCUAGUUAGUGAAAAAACCAUCGAAGAGAAUAUUCUCAAGAAAGCCAACCAAAAGCGGAUGCUCGGAGACCUUGCUAUCGAGGGUGGCAAUUUCACAACGGCAUAUUUCAAGAGUUCGACCAUUCAAGACCUCUUUACUGUUGAUACCGUGGAGGAAGAUGCAUCUAUGCGGCUCGCCGAAGUCAUAGAUCGAGAUCGAGAGCGAAAAGAGAGACUUCAGCAGAGUAUGACCGCUGGGACAAGUGUUGCACCGAGCACCAGCAGUGGCACGCCUGAGGAAUCAGCUAAAUCUGCGAUUAAUGUCUUCGAAUCAGCUCUGGCAGCUGCCGAGGACGACCAAGAUGUACAGGCUGCCAAGUUUGCCAAGGCUGAAGCAUCGGCGGAUUUGGAAGAAUUUGAUGAAAAUAUUCCGAUCGAUCAAGAACCCAAAGAGAAGGAACCCGAAAUGAGCAAGGCCGAAAAGGAGGUGCAGAAUCUCAUCAAGCAGCUAAGUCCCAUCGAGCGUUACGCUAUGCGGUUUGUCGAAGACACGGAAGGUACCUGGACAGCGAUACAAUUGAAAGCCGUUGAAGCGGAGAUCGAACAACAGAAACGUGAUUGGGAGGCAAAUCGUCUAGCCCAGUUGAAACGCGAAGAGGAGGCCGCACGACAAUUGGAGGCAGAGGAGAACGAUCUUCUUACGUUCUCCCGGGAGGAUGCAAGCAAUCAGAUUUGGAUAUCGGAUAACACAAUGGAAAAAAUGCCGAUGUGGUGUCCACCAACACCUCCGCAAGAUGACAAUGACAUCUACGUAGAUCAUGCCUUAGGAUUUUUGUACGAGACGGAAAUUAUUCCUGAAUCACAGUUACCAGCGGUGUAUGUGAAAAAAGAAUACAAACGAAGUCGAUCGGAGGCUGGUUUCUACUCGGAUGGUCGUCGUCCGGUCAAGAUACGGAAGGAAGAUACCUACUAUGCGCCACGAUCACUUUUUGAUCGUCCUUCGCCACAAAUAGCAAAACUUCGCAAGGAUUACAAACUACAGCGCUAUAAGGGCAUUAUCAAGCCCUUCCCCAUGGUGGGCUUGAAGCAGACACCGGUCAUCAAACAGCAAAUCGAACCGGAAGGCAUGCCAGAAUGGAUGAUCCAUGAAGAUAUGGCAAUGUUGAACGUAAUUCAAAAUCUACAAGGAUUGCCCUUGAAUCUGAUGCUAGUGUCGCCCGGUCACACCCCUAAUUGGGACUUGGUCGCCGACAUUGUGAAUCAGACCUCGCGAACUUAUAGGCUACCAAAACAGUGCCGCUACAGGUAUGAAGCCGUCAUCAUCCCUCGCGAGGAAGGGAAGCUGCUUGAAAGUCCAAAGAAACAAAAGAAGAGUAAGAACCCAUUGAAACAGCCUCCUUCCAAGGGAAUGAGAGCGAUGCGAACUGCACAACUGUUCACUGGGGAUGGAAACAGCUCUUUCAUCAAACUUGCAAGGCUAAAGUUUGACAACAUCAAGUUGGCCUUCAGCAAGAAAGCUCCGCAUGCCAAACAGGUGACUGCCAACCCACAAAUGAAAAACCCGAAGCAUGCAGCAGUGCUGGCAGAAUACGGUAUCACUAACUACGAUGCUCCGCUGACACCGGUGGAAAUUGCGACUCGCCGAGCAGAACGGAUAUCGAAAGAGAAGCAAAAGACUGCCGUCAUGAUGCAGGGUCAAGAACAACAGCAACAACUGGCUCAACAGCAGCAGCAGCAACUCCAACAACAACAGAUUCAACAACAGCAGCAAAGCCAGGUGCAAUCUGUUCAGCAAGUGCAGCAAGUCGCUCAGUCACAGACACACGUCAUUCAGCAGCAAGUGCAGCAGCAGAUUCAAAUUCAAGCACACCCUCAGCAGCAUAUAGCGGCUGGCAGUCAAGUUCAACAGGCAACGAUAGUCGUUUGUGGCGUUGGAACAAACUCAGCUCCUGCCGUGGCAACACUGGUUCAGGCUCCCUCCAUUCAGGCAGGUCGAGCUCAACCUGUGGUGAACAUUUGCCCCAGUCCGAAUCAACAGCAAAUAGUGAAAGCAAUAGUUGCUAGCCCUUCGAAUCAAAACAUUUUAACACAGCAGUUAGCUGUAGCGCAAAACAAUCCUCAACAGCAAGUCUCGGUUGUACUUACAACUCCAGUAACGACUAUGUCGGCUAACCAAGUUCAACUUUCGCAGCCACAGAUUGUGUCGAUCCAUCAGUCAACGCCUCAAAUCAUUCAGAGUAGCCCCGCUGUUACGCAGGCUACAAACUCCAUUGUCCAAACAUUGGCUACUCAGUCUCUGCCUCAAGUGGUAUCCGUAGCUCAGCUGGCUACAGUUGGUACGGUUAUGACAACGGGCAGUGCUGCGUUACAACAAUCGCAGGUUGCCACGCUGACAACCUCUGCUUUGAGGGCACAGAGAAUCGUUGCACCUCCAGGAACGCUUCAAGAAGUGGUUCUCCAUCAAAGGUCGGGUUCACAAAGUCCCACGGUUGUCAGCGUCAGUGGGUUGGGCCAAGGUCUAACGCAAGCUCAGUUGCAGACAGCACAGCUUCGCUUAUCGAUGGCUGGAGGCCAGCAGGUUUCCGGUGUAGUUGCAAAGGGAAUCUCCGUGGGAACAGUUACAAGUGCGGGCAAACCCAUCAAUACAUCUCAAAUACAAUUUUACCGUCAACAGCCAAUCAGACAACAACUAAAGGUUCUGCAUCCGAGCGCAGCUCAAGGAGGAACAACCGUGCUCCAACAAGCCACAGGACAACCAACCCUCGUAAGCCCCGCUAUCAUCCAGGGCAACAUAAUUCAAACGGGUACGGUAGGUCAGACUGUUCAAGUGCAGUCCGCUGGUCAGAAAGUAUCAGUUGCCACAGUUACUAGUUCGGCAGGCGCAGUCACUACAACACAAGCAGGUACUAUCGCUACAGUUCAGGUUGCCCCUGGACAACAGAGAACCCAGUUCAUCAAACAGGUUGGAACGAAACAGAUGAUCACUCGGCCUGUCACCGAGGGCGAGAUGCAAAUGAUGAUGAAACGACAGAUUAUAAGUCAACAGCACAAGCAGCAGCUUAUGCCUCAGACACAGAUUUUUGCUCCGGCCAAUUUACAAGUUCAGCAGGCAGGAACCUCCGGCCAACAAAUUGCUACACUUGUGAAGACUUCCUCCGGGACGGUAGCGGCUACGGGGAUGACACUCUCCCAGGUGAAACCCGGUCAACUCAAAACAAUCAGCAAUCAGAGCCAGGUUCGACAGCUGCAACUGCAACAGCAAAUCAUUGCUGCCCAAAGAAAAAGCGGCAAAAUGACCCAAAUUACCCAGGUUGCUGGCAAAGCUGGUCAACCAACGCAGCUUUUCGUACAGGGUCCUAAGAAUCUUCCCGCAGGAACGGUAACCGUUCAGCAAAUACAGCAAGUCAUCCGACAUGCUCAGCCAGCUUCAAUUGCCACCGGUGGACAAAUCGUGCUGGGUAAAACCAGUGUUGGAAGGGUCAUUCCGGUUUCGGUGUCGCAGCAGGCAAACCAAAGGCAAACUAUUCAGGUUGUAACCGCGACGUCUGCUGGUAACAUUCGAGCUCAUGUUCCCACUCAGAACAUUGGCACCAUCAAGGUAGCAGCCGGAGCCACUCCAGCUCAACAGCAGCAGGCAAUUUUGACGGCGUUGCAAAAUCAGCAACGGCAAAAUGCAAGCCCAGUGCGGCUGCAAACUUCCAGCGGAUCUCUGGUGGCCGUUACGGUUCAGCAACCACAAGCCGUGGCAUCUGCUGCCAGUGCAGCAGAUUUGCAACAGCAAACACAACAGGUUGUAACUGCUGGACCAGGCCAGUCACAGCAGCAACAACAAACCCAAACCACCACACAGGUGUUGCAAAUUCAAGCCCAGCCGCAACAGAUUAUUUCAACAGCAACUGCAUCUGCCGAUGGAACAGGUGCAACCGUUGUUCAAACGCAACAAACAGUACAGCAAGUGCAAUCAUCUGUCACAGCACAGCAACAGGUGAGUAUGAUUAAGAAGAAGCAUUCCCCAAGCGGGAAAUAGAGGAAAGUUAGAUUUGUUCGACUUUUGUGUGAAUUGGUUGUUGUAUUGAGGAACUUGUGAACAAAAUCUUUCGAUUGGUUUUUUAAGUGCAAUGUUUUUAAAAUACUAAAAAAAAAUGAAUUUUUAAAUGAAAUCUUGGAAUUUUCAAAAUUUUCUACAUCAAAGUUCCUCAACACCAGGUUGAAAUGAAACGAUACGUAGAUAUUUCUCAAUAAUUUUGUUUGUAAAAAUUGUACUGUGUCCUUGUGUGAGUUUUGCGAGUUUUGUUUCACUUAUUUUCCAGUGAACCUAAUGUUUGUUCUUGAUUUAAUAUUUUCGUUCUAGCCUAAGUAAAUCGUCUCACAGCUGAUGACGGAUUACCUACUCUAAGCAACGGUUGCACUUUGGCAUUGCUUGUCAAUAUUGAAUUUCAAUGAAAGAUAUUGGUCGUUUUAACACAUUUUUCAAGUUCCACUACAAUUCUCUUUGUUAUAAGUUUGAAAAUAUCUUAUAAAGCAAAAAAAUAGACAUGAAUCAAUACACAAUACGAAUUUCUCACACAAUGCACCUGUGUCCAGUCCAUGUCAUAGCAUAAGAUAUCAUCGAAAACUCAAACCCGAAGAGUUUGUGGGAUACCAAAUCCUACACAUAUUUCAAUAACUUUUGAAUUAAUUGAAUUUGACAUACACCUAUGUGUCGUCGAAUGGAGUAGAUACAGAAUAGCGGUCCGGAACGUUCGAAGUUGAUCGUUAAUAGACUGUCGUAAUUUCAAGCAAUUAUCCACUGUAUUAGUUUGAAUCUGCGAAUAAAUAUUGUUUCUUUCUGUGAAACUUGGAAGUUAGCUUAAAAUAAUCUUAGCAUUAGAUAUAGGCAACAGAGAAAUCAAUAGUGAGCUCAUUGAUCUUGUAAAUGUUUUAUUUAACUAUUUAAAUGAAUCCCGUAUGAUGUAGUACAUAACAAAGUAUUAUUAGAUGCUAACCAUUACACAAUAUAAAUCAAAUCUAUCCAACUCAGA